AUGAGGGUGGCCGAGACUGGAAGCCAUAGCGAGCACAAAUACAAUGCAAGGUCGUACCCAGAAUGGUUCGACAAUGCCUUCACCAUUUUCUUGCAAUCUGGCGGCAAUUUGAAUGAUGAUGUCUUCGAUGAAGACCUGUCGCUGGAACUUGAUGAUGAAGAGGACAGCGAAUACGGAUACGAUGACGACGAAGAAGACGACGACGAUGCAGGCGAGAUUCAAGAUCCCAAGUCGAAUGAGCACGUGAAAGAUGACUUGGAUAAAUUUCGGGACAAAGAGUCUUUGAACUGGUUUCAGAAGCGGAAAGAUGAUCUGGGAGAACUACGUGAAGAAGAGGAUCUCGAACGAGAACGACUUAAAGAGGCACGGAUUGAAAAACAAAAGGCAAUCGACUGCGAGAGGUCUGUUAAAGCUAAGGUAGACGCAGCAUUCAAGUCUGCCUUGAAUGCAACGAACCAAGAGCAUGUACAAGAUCUCGCUCUGGAGCGCACUGCCACUACAAACGAUAUAUACUCUAUUGAAUAUGUAGUGCAUUUCGAUAUCGAAUCGCGCGGCAUGACGAAAAAUGUGGAAUUCUGUGACAUACAUGCCUUCUGUGAUUCAAAUUGUGAUAUCUGCGAAAACGGAAAACCAAGGGCAGAAAUAAAUGGCCACAUUUAUAUCGAUCCCAGAAAUUGCCCUGACCUCAAGCCAUUUGUUCCCCCAAGAACGGUGAGCAAUGAUGCUUGUUUAUUGGAUGUUGAAUGCUCAUCGGAGGUGGUCGAAUUUAUGUUUUUUGACAAAGGCUACCUGAAAAUGAAGAUUGCCCACGAAAUUAUCUUCCAAGGCGAAAAUAAUCCUUCCAAUUCCUCCGAGAUCUUCGAGUACGUGGGAGUUCGUGUUGAUAUUUGA